CCCGCGCAAUGCCGCGGCGAACGACGAACGACUGGAAACUCCCCAGGCAGCUCUGCUUAGUCCUCCAAACGGCCGAGCUUGUCCAGCCUCCGCAUCUCGGUGUCUCCUCACCAACCGUGACUUCACCCUCGUUUCUGGACCGCAGGUUCUACCUCUAUUCAUGAUGGAGGCGGCCGCUCGGUCAUUGACGCUACUUCGGUCGCCCGACAAUUGCUCCAAAGCCCUGCAGCAAACCGCCAGGAAUAGCCGUCUCUUGCUUGCAGGCACAAGACCGACAUCGACAUAUGGGCUCACCAAUGUCCGACGAAGAAACCUGACCUCAUCCUCUCAAUCCCAAGCACCCGACUCUUCUCUCCUCAGCUUUGCCUCCGGCAGCUCUUCCUCUUCCUCCGGGGGUGUCCCGACCACAUACUUCUCGCAUCGCUCAUCCCUCCCUGCAAACACCAUCAUCCGCUUCGUUCCCCAGCAGACGGCAUGGAUUGUCGAACGGAUGGGAAAGUUCAACCGGAUCCUUGAACCGGGUUUGGCUAUUUUGAUCCCGUUCAUAGACCGAAUUGCCUAUGUGAAGAGCUUGAAGGAGUCGGCGAUUGAAAUCCCGAGUCAGAAUGCCAUUACGGCGGAUAAUGUGACGUUGGAGCUGGAUGGAGUGCUCUAUACGAGAGUUUUUGAUGCGUAUAAGGCUAGCUACGGAGUUGAGGACGCUGAAUACGCCAUCUCCCAACUUGCGCAGACGACGAUGCGUUCCGAGAUCGGUCAGCUUACGCUCGACCACGUUCUGAAGGAACGUGCGACAUUGAACACCAACAUCACCCAGGCUAUCAAUGAAGCGGCGCAGGACUGGGGUGUUGUUUGCUUGAGAUAUGAGAUCAGAGAUAUCCAUGCCCCUGAGGGAGUCGUGGCCGCGAUGCACCGUCAGGUGACAGCUGAGCGUUCCAAGCGGGCUGAGAUUCUUGAGUCCGAGGGUCAGAGACAGAGCGCGAUCAACAUCGCAGAGGGUCGCAAGCAGUCGGUUAUUCUGGCUUCAGAAGCUAUGCGCGCGGAGCAGAUCAACCGAGCUUCCGGUGAAGCUGAAGCUAUCCUUCUGAAGUCCCAGGCUACCGCAAGGGGAAUUGAAGCUGUUGCGAAGGCCAUCCGCGAGGGUGAGCAGAGUGCACAGAGUGCAGUUAGCCUCAGCGUCGCUGAGAAGUAUGUUGAUGCCUUUGGUAACCUUGCGCGCGAGGGCACUGCCGUCGUGGUGCCAGGAAACGUUGGUGACAUUGGCGGCAUGAUCGCAAGUGCUAUGGCUGUCUACGGCAAGGUCAGUGAGAGCCAGGCAAAGGCUUUGGCAGCUAAGGCAAUUGGUGUCCAGACGCCUGCUGAGGAGCCUGCUCCUCAGCCUAAGCAGGACCAGCACACCGAAAGUGAGUUUGGAACUACGGAGGAGGCAUCUGAUGUCGGAUCUGGAGUCGGACAAAGCGACGUCGCGAAGAGCGUUCUUGAUGGCUUCGACGAGGCCAACCAACAAAGGAGAUAGACGGCACAGAUGGUCCAUCUCCUCAAGCGUUCAGGAAAGCCACGCAUUUGUAUGACCUUUUCCCUUCUGCAUCACUGUGUUGUAACAGAGUUAGUUUCCUUAUUUCCAUUUGGCCGCCACCCCAUCCUUUAUCUCUUAGCAUCCUCUCUGGGAGUCCGUGUAUGAGCAGUACUUCAGCGACGACAUGAACGUCGAGCGUGCAUACUGGUCAAACGGUCUUCUGGUACCUUUGUAUAUAGCACCCCCUGAUCAGAGAUCUAAAAGGAGUAUAAGCGGAAUAUGUACGUAUAACAUGUUUUCAAGUCGUGUCUCAGUCCAGAAGUAGACGGACAUCUAGUUCCAUUUUAUUCCACAUUCACUCCAGG